UGUGUGUGUGUGUGGUUCUAGUAAACCCUACAUGUGGACCAAAUGUCCCCACAAGGAUAGUAAUACCAGAAAUGUUUGAUCUUGUGGAGACAUGUUUUGGUCCCCGUGAGGAAAACAGCAUAUAAAUCACACUCUUUUUGAAGUUUUCUAUGACAGGUUUAGGGUUAGGGGGACAGAAUAUACAGUUUGUACAGUAUAAAAACCAUUAUGUCAGUGGAAUGUCCCCAUAAAACAUUGUGUACAAGCUGUUCAAACUGAGUGGGACACACUGAACUAGAGGUGUGUGUGUGUGUGUGUGUGUGUAACAUGAAGCAGACCAAGAGACCAUGACAACAUUCAUAAACAGUGAGUGUGCGCGCGCAUGUCUUUCAUCAUCACUGACUCACAGGUUAAUCUCAGUCUUUUUCCACAGGUUUGAGCUGCACUCACAUGCGGGAUAGAAAUGGUGGAUAGCAAACAAAAACAAUCUCUAGCGUUAAUUUUGAUCAUGGCUUUUCUUGAAAAGAAAUUUAAAUGAAAAAAGAAGAAGACGAUGUGUGUGGAGCAAGUGGUCACCAACUGCGUCACCAUUUGAUUGUUUUCAACACUGCAGGACUGAACAUCAAACCCUCUGACACUGACAGAAUUUCGUCUGAGCUAAAAUUGGAUCGCAAUGGUCAUUAAUUGGCUGUCGGAGAACAUGAGUAUCACCGAUGAGCUGCAUUGAGGAAAUGCUGCAGUUCUGCAGCUCCAUCUAGUGGCCGAGAAGAUGCAUUACAAUCAAACAACGAGUGUGUCCCAUUACAGUGUUGUUAUCGUUUCAUAAUGUUUUAUACUGAAGACACACACAAAAAGUUUAUAUUAACUUUCAUGAAUAAGUCAUCAGGAAAUCAUGCUGAACUGAGCAAAUAUAAUGCAACUAUAUGGAUGUACAUUAAUUAAUGAUCUGUUACGCAUUAUAAAGAUAAUGUUUGUUAAUAUUUAAUAUUAUUGAUGAAGGUUAUAUAGGUACAUCAGGCUUACUAAAACCAUUAAAACCUGUCAGCUAUUUCGAGCGUCCAAGAGAAUCCUGAAAUCUCAAAAACUGCUUGGUGAACUCGCAAUUAAAUAACAUAUUUCAAAUCAGCAACAAAAUCUGACAUGAACCGUCCCAUAAAUGUUGUUUAUUUUUUCAUGUUAGACAAGCCAAUGUGCAUGCGCAGUCCAAAGCGCAAGUCUCGGGUUUCUAUGGGAACCGGAGACCAGGGUUGCCAGGUUUUCACAACAAAACCCGCCCAAUUGCUCCUGAAAACUAGCCCAUUUCAGGGGGGGUCCCACGGUAAAAAAAUGCUUUCCGGGAGGCAAAAUUUGCAUUUUUGGAAGGGCUCCCCUGGUAAAAUUCGCAUUCCAGGGGCUAAAUAUAAAUAUUUGGGGUCGAUUCAACCCACGGACAUGAAAAACAACCCGUAAAAGUAGCCCAAUUCCGUGGAAAAACCGCGGACUUGGCAACACUGCCGAAGACUCUAACAGCAGCUGCAGUGACGCAAAGACUUUAUCAAUCAUUGAUUGGCUCUUUUACUUAGAAGGCGGGAGGUAUUCCGCCAUAUUGCAAGUUGCGAUUUCUUCCAUUCAUAACUAAUAGGAGUGAACCAUCUUUCCAUAUCAAUAAUUUUGGGUUAGUUUAUUACUGAUGAUUGUAUUUAGGCUUCAGAAUUCAUUCGUGAAAAUUAUCUUAACGGACAAAACUUGUAAGUAUCAUAAACCUUUGCUGACACAGGAGAUAUUUUUUGCGAUAUAUAUAUAUAUUUUUUAAUUCAAUGUUUUUUCGAGGAAAGUGUGAUGCUAACUUACGACUUGGCCUACAAAAAUACGUCAUAUUACUAUCUGCGUGAAUGUGACGUAAUCACGCCCACGUGAAACUCCAGAAUAAACUGCCGACUUUCACACAAACACACGCAGCCGGACACCUGUUCAAAGAGAGAGUCCAGGUCAGGAGAAUAUGACACUACUCAUGUGCAUAUGUGCCUCGACGUUUCACAUCGGGAAUGCUGACAGACCGAAACAGACGGAGAGAGACACUUCAGUCCUUUCCUUUGCUUCUGACCGCCACUGAAACACAGAACUCACUUUGCAGGUGCAGAUGUCUCAUAACAGACCUCCGGCCUCCAUAUCAGAUCCUCAGGAUGAGGAUAAGAUGAUGGAGAUUUUCACACAGCAGCUUCUGUUCCUGCAAGAGAAAGCCAUGCUGCAGGCGUCAGUGAGGGAAGAGAAGAAACUGCUUGUUGAAAAUGCCAAACUGAAGAAAGACAUCGAUGAUCUGAAGAAAAACCUGCAGGAAACACAGAAGAGGAAAGCAGUGAAGCUGCAUCAGGAGCGAGUUCUGACGGCAUCAAUCGCAUCUAAAUCGGCCCUGCUGGGGGACACGGACCCUCCAUCGGAAACGGCCCCGUCGUCCCGAUCAGAGACGAGCGCCACACACUCUCGUCAUGAGGGGAGACGCAGGAGAGACAGGAGAGGUGCGGACACGGCGCUUCCGAAGACUUCUGAGUGUGUUCUGAUGCGAGAACAGAAACCCGACGUGUCCCGCCUGGACCUGCGGGUCGCUCGGAUUCUGGACGUCCGGAAACAUCCUGAUUCAGCGUCACUGUACGUCCAGGAGGUGGAGUUAGGAGAACCCGCCCCCAGAACCGUGGUCAGCGGACUGACCGAUCACACGCCUCCGGAACAGUUGGUCGGCUGUCUGGUGGUUUUGUUGUGUAACGUGCGGCCAGUGAAGGUACGAGGUGUUCAGUCGCAGGCCCGCCUCCUCUGCGCUGUCAAUCAAGAGAGGAUGGAACCCUUGACUCCACCCACUGGUGCUCAGCCAGGCGACAGAAUCACUUUCCAGAGUUUCCCCGGUGAACCAGAGAAAGAGUUGAAUCCCAAACAGCGGAUCUGGGAGCGAUUACUGCCCGACCUGUGCACAGAUGCGAAGGGCGUGGCCACGUAUAAGGGCGUGGCGUUUGAAGUCCGUGGGAAGGGCCUCUGCCGGGCCCCGAGCAUCAGCAACGGCGGGAUCAAAUAAAAAUGAAAGCUCUGUCAUUCAUGAUCAAAAUCACACCAAUAAAUUAUUAAAAUCCACCAAAA